AAUAUGCGAUAGAGGACGCACGUGACAUCUCCCUAGUAACUUCCAAUACAGCUGAGCAAUUUCCCAAGUUCUACGGAGUACAUACGGCGAGAUUCUAUCAUCCAUGAUCUCGCAUUCAUGAAGUCACGGCCCGAUACCUCGGAGAUAUCCCGAACCUAGAUUUCUACAUGACCACUCACCCUCGGAUUGCAUCUCCGACCAUGCCGAACUUGCCGCCAAAGCGCGUUCAAUACUGAAACAAGUUCCUCAAGAAGUUCGUUCAGACCAUGGCAUAUAAAUGCUUGCCUCUGAGUGCUUCGAAAGGAUAAUGCACUCAAUCGUUACCACUACUAUCCAUCCCAACCUUAUCAAUAAUGAUUGGAGAUUCCUUCUUUGAUCGCCUUGCGCGGUCUAAGUUACUCGCAACGAAGACGGUGCUGUUGAUCAGCGCAACAGGUGGCGCAUUCUCCUUCCUUCUCUUCGCGUUCACCUUCGUCGCCGCUCACAACGUACCACCCAUGAAAGCAUAUUGGACGGCCGACCAAACCGCCGAAUUCUGGAGAAAGCAUGUGAAAGGCGCACACGUGGCCGUAGGCCUCCAGCUCUGCAGCGGCAUGUUCUACAUCCCAUUCUCGGCUCUUGUUUCGCACAACAUCCGGGCGGUACCUGGCAUCCAUCCCAUCAUUGCAACAACCCAACUAGCUGCUUGUUCGGCUGGAAUAUUCACGUGGAUGCUGGGUGCCAUGGUCUUAGCUACCACGACCUACCGCCUGGACCGGGAUCCUGAGAUAACGCAAGUCAUGACUGACAUGUGGUGGUUCACGACGAUGAUGCCCUGGCCUACCUUUUUCAUACAGAAUUGGGCAUGGGGGUAUGCCAUCAUCAAGGAUACGAGGCCGAAUCGGCCAUUCCCUAGAUUUGUCGCGCUCAUCAACAUCAUAGCGCCUAUUAUUUUCAUUCUCCCGACGGCUAUGCAUACGGUCAAGCGUGGAGCUCUCUCGUGGCAAGGUGGUGUGUCAUUUUGGUUGCUGGGUCUUACGUUCGGUGUACAGCUUUUCGUGGAUUCCUACUGCAUGGCCUCCGUUGUGUUGAGAGGGAAAAUUGAUGUUACGGAGACUAAUACUGGACUAAAUGGAAAGGUAGAGGUAGCCAAUAGCAGCCCUGAAAGCCCCGUCUAGCCUAUUAGGCUAGGUAGGUAGACAGGAGAAGCUUUGUGUGUGUAGCCUAGGUAGUUCUCUAAGGUGACAGAUGAGAGAGUAUCUUAGUAUUAAAAUAGGGGCCUGUUUAGUACCUAAAUUU